AUGCGCGACGACACCGUGGAAAAAGAGGGUACUUGGGAAGAGCUCGACGAUCUCAGACGACGCGCCCGCGAUGAGGACUGGCUCAUCGACGUCGAGGCGUCGUGUUCGUUUGAGCGCUCGCUCGGUAAAGGCUCCUCGGGCGAAGCGUUUCUCGCCCGAUGGCGCGGCGCUCGAGUGGUCGUGAAACGCAUCGAGGCGCUGAAGACGACGUUGGCGAAGCGCGCGUUCGCUCGGGAGUGCGCGAUCAUGGCUCGAGUGAGACAUCCGAACGUGUUGGCAUUUUACGGCGCGGCGCUGAGCGAGUCGAGGUGCGACGUCGUCGUCGAGCACGCGGCGGGAGGAACUCUCAAGGCGUGGUUACACGAAAGUGGGAGACAGAAGCGCUCGUUAAGCGAAAGACUCGACGUUGGUAUGGAUGUGGCGCGCGCUUUCGCGUAUUUAGAGAGUCGAACGCCUAGUGUGAUGCACAGGGACCUGAAGCCGAGCAACGUGUUCGUGGCGGCGGAUGGUCGAGCGAUGGUGGCAGAUUUUGGUCUGUCGCGCUUCGUCGCCGCGAACGGUGAGGAGUUGACGGGUGAGACGGGGACAUACAUUUACAUGGCUCCUGAGGUGAUUCGAAGCGAGCACUACGACAAUCGAGCCGAUGUUUUCUCGUACGGAGUAUUGCUGCACGAACUGGUGACUGGAAUCGAGCCGUACCAGCCACAUAAUUCCACCGCGAUACAAAUAGCGACGGCCGUCGCCGAUCAAGGUCUCCGACCUAACAUUCCCGAGGACACGCACGCGGGCCUCGCGGCCAUCAUUGAAAUGUGCUGGCAGCAGAACGCAUCGGAUCGACCGUCCUUCGCCGUCAUUCUUGAGUCCAUGGAAACAAUGGUUCCUGACAUCCUCAAGGAACAGGAGGCCAAAGCAGCCGCGCGGCGUGAGAAUCCGAGCGUGCAAGCCAAGGCAUUUCAGAAUUUGUCUCACACGUUUGCAACGUGGUCCAGCAAAAUGGCCGAGUUAGGAGGAGGUUUGUAG